AAUUAAUUUCAGCCCAGAAAAGAGCCCUAACGUUCGCCCACUUUGGACUUUCUAUAUCUUGCUUCCGACCCCCUCGUUCUCUCUCUCCCUCUCCUACUCCCUCCCUAUGAACGGGGACCCGAUCUGAUCUCUCCUCUCUCGGCUUACCAGUAGGAAAAAAGACGAGAAAUUUGCUUUGCCAGACGCCGGCGCUAGCGGUGCUAAAACGCUAGGAAAGGGAUCGGCGGCGGUGCUCGCCGCGGUGGAUUACAGGUGGUGAGGAUGUCGACCCCUGCAAGGAAGAGGUUGAUGAGGGAUUUUAAGAGAUUGCAACAGGAUCCUCCUGCAGGAAUCAGCGGCGCUCCCCAGGACAAUAACAUCAUGCUUUGGAAUGCUGUUAUAUUUGGCCCUGAUGACACCCCUUGGGAUGGAGGUACGUUCAAACUGACACUUCAGUUUUCAGAGGAUUACCCAAAUAAACCACCAACCGUACGCUUUGUUUCUCGAAUGUUUCAUCCAAACAUUUAUGCGGAUGGAAGCAUAUGCCUGGAUAUCCUACAAAAUCAAUGGAGUCCUAUAUAUGAUGUAGCUGCAAUACUUACGUCAAUCCAGUCACUGCUCUGUGAUCCAAACCCCAAUUCGCCUGCGAAUUCGGAAGCUGCACGCAUGUUCAGUGAAAACAAGCGCGAGUACAAUAGGAGAGUACGUGAGAUUGUGGAGCAGAGCUGGACAGCAGACUGAUGAUGGAUCCCAUCCCCUCUGAUCGACUGGUGCUUGCUUCAUCCUAAAGUUGUGGGAUGCCAUUUGUAGUUAAUAAUUGCACUAUAGAUAUUGUAUUCCAACUUCACCAGCUUCAUGCUUGCUGUCAACAUAUAGUUGCGUGGCUUUCAGAUAUGGACAUUUUUAGCUCUCACUUGAAGAUUCUGCUAAGUUUUGUGUUGUGAGGCAAAUAUUGACUGGACCAUUUGUUUCCAUCUUUGUCUAUAUAUAUAUAUAUAUAUUCCAUUGA